AUGGCCAAGAUAAUCUCCACGAUCAAGGCCAUCCUCACGAGGAUUAUCUUUAGUGCUCACAGCCUCCUGGCCAUUUGGCAUUUGGUAAUUAUCAAGGAGGAUCAUAAAUACUGGACACUAUGUGGACCCCUGCUGCUGCUCCUCCUCGAGGGCAUCUUCACCAUUAUGAUCAAGAAGACGCAGGAGUGGCGCUGGUUCUGCCCCUCGGUGUUCCUCUACCUGAGCAGCAUUGUGCCGGCGAUUUGGCUCCUCGAACUGGACAAGGUGGACCGGCGACUGGCCGCCAAGAACACAUCGCUAAUCAUUGCUAAUGUCUCGGGCUUAGGCAACUUCAGUAGUCCGCUGGUGAACAACUCCAGUCUGCCGGACAGCAAUAUCAGCGGAAUUGUACCCAUGGCAAAUCUGCUGGGCCAAGCCGGGGUCAAGCUGCCGCACAUCAGUAGAGCCACCCUGACCACCCUCAUCGAGCAGUUCCUCAUGCUGAUCCUCAUCGUGGGCCGGUGGCUGCUCCCGAAGGGGGAUCUCACGCGGGACCAGCUCAGUCAGCUGCUCCUGGUCUAUAUAGGUACGGCGGCGGAUAUUAUAGAGUUCUUCGACUCGUACAAGGACGACUCCAUAGCGGAGAUUGGAUUCCUGGUAUUUCUAACGCUGGGAAUCUGGUCCUGGAGCCUCAUGCAGUUCACAAUAGUGCUGUCAGCGACACGAGGACGACGUCCCCGUGGCAGUGGAUCACAUAGCAAGGAGGAACACACCGACUGUUGCCAGAAUUGCUGCUGUGGCAUCGAUGUGUGGGGCAUUGUGCUCAACGUUAUCCUGCAGGAUGCGCCCUUCCUGACUUUCCGCUUGCUGAUCAUCUUCCAGUACAAUAUUAUUAACUACAUGAAUGUCUUUUUCACCUGCAAAAACUCCUUGGUGAUUAUCCUGCAGCUGUAUCGCCUCUAUGUGGUCAACGCAGAGUUCUGGAAGAAUCGCCGAGAGAGUCGCAUGGCCAAAGCGCGUCAGUUUCAGUCUCGGCGAAAGGUUCAGGAUGCGGAUCAGAACAGCAUCUACAUGAUAUCCAAUGAGCGAGGUGGCGAUAUCAAAAAGAAGAUUAAAAAGGCUAAGGAUAGGGACUAUGCCGAGCAGGAGACUGGGUACAGCAAAAAGAAAAAGGACAAAAAGGACAAGAAAAAGCGUAAGCGCAAGGAUACUGGCUACUCCACGGCCAGCUCCCAGAACCUGUACUCGACCAAAGCGAGCGGCACGGACAAGGAGUCGCGGCGCAAGGACAAAAAGGGGAAGAAAUCGAAGCGCCAUUGCAGUAGCUCGCCCAGUGACUGCGAUCUGGCCAAGAGCAAGAAGCGUGGCAAGGGCGCAGACAAAACCGAUAAGAAGAAAGCCCGGAAGAUCGAGGCGGUGGUCGAGGAGUCGAGCAGCUCGACCAGCAGCAGCAGCAGCUCCGACUCCAGCAACUCCACGCUGCCCAGCUACGAGGUGAUAGAUGAGAAGAAGGCCCGGCGCCGCAAGCGUCGUGGGAGCAGCAGCGACACUAGUUCCGGGGACAGCAGCUCGUCCAGUUCCUCCUCCUCAAGCUCGGACUCGUCCUGA